AUGGCUGAUGCCCAUGGACACCCCGGGGGCAGGCGUGCUCCCCGGCUGCUCCCCCGCCCUGGAGUCGCAGCGCCGAUGGUUCACCCGCCGGUGUCCCCACCCACCGCCGAAGUCUUCCUUUGCCCGUUUGUUGCUUUCGACCCGCAGCGUUACUUAUCGGAAGAACAAGCAAUGGGAAGCUCUACUUGGUUGUCUGUCAAGCUCUAUGGCCAGGGCGUGACAUUUCACGGAGCAUGUAUUCUGGCGCGGUACCAACCAACAGCACCUGAGACACCCAUGGCAGGUCUCCGUGCCCCCAAUGGCGAUAAUGACCGACACGGCACAGUCGGGGACUCGAGGGGCUCGACUUCGUCGAUGGAGAGCCUUGAUAUUUUUUCAAUUCCAAAACCCACCAAUGAAGAGUUCGUUGAGCUAAAUUCACGAAAGGAUUCUGGUUACUUUGGAUCGGAGACGGACAGUGACAAGACUGGGAGGGCAACAUCAGUGGUAACUAGGCAAUUCGGACCGUUGAUGGAGAACUUGAGUGUCGCAGCCACGGUUGGGGGUGCUGGCGGAGAUGGUCAACCCCUUGAAAUCGCAUCUGCCGAUCAGUUCUUUAAAGAUGCCGUUUGGGGCAUCGACUACUGA